GAGUUCUCGCCCCCGCGCGGCCGUUGCCGCGGAGACGGCGCAUGUCUCCCGGCGCGUUGCCCCCUCUGCAGUCCCCCCGCCCCUCUUCUCCCACCACAAUGAGAUCCUAAGAUGGCGCUGGCUGCGGCGGUUGGCGCCGAGUAACUGAGGUGGGAAAAGCGGCCAUUGGGCCCUACGCAGCCGGGGAUCGUGUGGACCUUUCUGCUGCGGUCUCAAGGGGAGGCCGGCUGCUGGGGGCGGGUCGUGGGGGCUGACGGCCACUCCGCCCUUGCCAGGAGAGGCUGCUUCGUUUACAGGCAACAGCUUUGAAGUGUGGAGCAGGAGGGGAGCCCUUUCUAAGCUGCAAAAACUAGUUUCUAAACAGAGACUUAAUUGUUAAAGCCAGCAUGGCCACAGGAGGAGGUCCUUUUGAAGAUGGCAUGAAUGAUCAAGAUUUACCAAAUUGGAGCAAUGAAAGUGUUGAUGACCGACUCAACAAUAUGGAUUGGAGUGGCCAGCAGAAGAAAGCAAAUAGAUCAUCAGAAAAGAACAAGAAAAAGUUCGGUGUAGAAAGUGAUAAGAGGGUAACUAAUGAUAUUUCUCCGGAGUCAUCGCCAGGAGUUGGAAGGAGAAGAACAAAGACUCCACAUACAUUUCCACACAGUAGAUACAUGACUCAGAUGUCUGUCCCAGAGCAGGCUGAAUUAGAGAAACUUAAACAGCGGAUAAACUUCAGUGAUUUAGAUCAGAGAAGCAUUGGAAGUGAUUCUCAAGGUAGAGCAACAGCUGCUAACAACAAACGUCAGCUUAGUGAAAAUCGAAAGCCCUUCAACUUUUUGCCUAUGCAGAUAAAUACAAACAAGAGCAAAGAUGCAACCACAGGCCCUCAAAAAAGAGAGACGAUUGGAUCAGCACAAUGUAAAGAGUUGUUUGCUUCUGCUUUAAGUAAUGACCUUUUGCAGAACUGUCAAGUCUCUGAAGAAGAUGGGAGAGGAGAACCUGCAAUGGAGAGCAGUCAGAUUGUAAGCAGGCUUGUUCAAAUUCGUGAUUAUAUUACUAAAGCUAGUUCUAUGCGGGAAGAUCUUGUAGAGAAAAAUGAAAGAUCUGCUAAUGUUGAACGCCUUACUCAUCUAAUAGAUCAUCUUAAAGAACAAGAAAAGUCAUACAUGAAAUUUCUCCAAAAAAUCCUAGCUAGAGAAAAUGAGGAGGAGGAUGUUCGGACUAUAGAUUCAGCUGUGGGAUCUGGUUCUGUAGCUGAGAGCACAUCGCUAAACAUAGAUGUGCAGUCUGAGGCUUCAGGUACCACGGCCAGAGAUCCUCAGCAAGAGCCUAUGGAAGAGAUAGAAAAUUUGAAGAAACAGCAUGAUUUAUUAAAAAGGAUGUUGCAGCAGCAGGAGCAGCUGAGAGCUCUGCAGGGACGACAAGCUGCUCUUUUAGCUUUGCAGCAUAAAGCGGAGCAAGCUAUUGCUGUGAUGGAUGAUUCUGUUGUUGCAGAAACUACAGGCAGCUUAUCUGGAGUCAGUAUCACAUCGGAACUAAAUGAAGAACUGAAUGAUUUAAUUCAGCGUUUUCAUAAUCAGCUUCGUGAUUCACAGCCUGCAGCUGUUCCAGAUAAUAGAAGACAGGCAGAAAGUCUUUCAUUAACGAGGGAGGUUUCCCAGGGCAGGAGUCCAUCAGUUUCAGAACAUUUACCUGAUGAGAAAGUCCAACUUUUUAGCAAAAUGAGAGUGCUACAGGAAAAGAAGCAAAAAAUGGACAAAUUGCUUGGAGAACUUCAUACACUUCGAGAUCAGCAUCUAAAUAAUUCUUCUUUUGUGCCUUCACCCUCUCCACAUAGGAGUGUGGAUCAGAGAAGUACAAGUUCAGCUCCCUCUGCUCCUGUAGGCUUGACGUCUGUUGUCAAUGGAGAGUCUAACAGCCUCACAUCGUCUGUUCCUUACCCUGCUGCUUCUCUAGUCUCUCAGAAUGAGAAUGAAAGUGAAGGACACCUAAAUCCAACUGAAAAACUCCAGAAGUUAAAUGAAGUUCGAAAGAGAUUGAAUGAGUUAAGAGAAUUAGUUCAUUAUUAUGAACAGACAUCAGAUAUGAUGACAGAUGCUGUAAAUGAAAACACGAAAGAUGAAGAAACUGAAGAGUCAGAAUACGAUUCUGAGCAUGAAAAUUGUGAACCUGUCACUAACAUUCGAAAUCCACAGGUAGCUGCCACCUGGAAUGAAGUAAAUAGUAAUAGCAAUGCACAGUGUGCUUCUAAUAAUAGAGAUGGGAGAUCAGUUAACUCUAAUUGUGAAAUUAACAAUAGAUCUGCUGCCAAUAUAAGGACUCUAAACAUGCCUCCUCCUUUAGCAGAUUGUUGCUAUAAUAGAGAAGGAGAACAGGGGAUUCCUGUUGCACAAGGGGAAGAUGAUGAGGAAGAGGAGGAAGAGGCAGAGGAGGAAGGAGUUAGUGGAGCUUCAUUGUCUAGUCAUAGGAGCAGUCUGGUUGAUGAGGCUCCAGAAGAUGCUGAAUUUGAACAAAAGAUCAAUAGACUUAUGGCUGCAAAACAGAAACUUAGACAGUUACAAGAUCUUGUUGCUAUGGUACAGGAUGAUGAUACAACUGAAGGAGUUAUAUCUGCCAAUACUUCAAAUUUGGAAGAUUUCUACACAGCAGAAGAAGACACCAAACAAAAUUCAAAUAAUACUAGAGGAAAUGCCAGUAAAACACAGAAGGAUGCUGGAGUAAAUGAAAAGACAAGAGAGAAAUUUUAUGAAGCUAAACUACAGCAGCAACAGAAAGAGCUAAAACAAUUACAGGAAGAAAGAAAGAAACUGAUUGAGAUUCAGGAGAAAAUUCAAGCGUUGCAAAAGGCAUGUCCUGAUCUACAGCUGUCAGCCACUAGUGUGGGUAAUUGUCCCACAAAAAAAUAUGUGCCAGCUAUUACUUCAACUCCAGCUGUUAAUGAAAAUGAGACUAGUACAAGCAAAUCUGUUUUUGAGCCUGAAGAUUCUUCUGUAGUGGAUAAUGAGUUGUGGUCAGAAAUGAGAAGGCAUGAAAUGUUAAGGGAAGAGCUACGUCAGAGAAGAAAGCAGCUGGAAGCUCUGAUGGCUGAACAUCAGAGAAGGCAAGGUCUAGCUGAAACUACAUCUCCAGUGGCUGUGUCUUUGAGAAGCAAUGGAUCAGAGAACCUGUGUACUCCUCAACAAAGUAGAACAGAAAAAACAAUGGCAACUUGGGGAGGUUCUACCCAGUGUGCACUAGAUGAGGAAGGAGAUGAAGAUGGUUACCUCUCUGAAGGAAUUGUUCGGACAGAUGAAGAGGAGGAAGAAGAACAAGAUGCCAGUUCCAAUGAUAACUUUUCUACAUAUCCUUCUAACAGUGUGACUCAUAACUCCUAUAAUGUAAAGGAAGCUAAAAAUAGGUGGAAGAACAAUCGCCAUUUUUCAACAGAUGAAAAUUAUCGUCCUUUAGCUAAGACAAGGCAACAGAACAUCAGCAUGCAGAGGCAAGAAAACCUUCGCUGGAUGUCAGAGCUCUCUUAUGUAGAAGAGAAAGAACAAUGGCAAGAACAAAUCAGUCAGCUAAGGAAGCAGCUUGACUUCAGUGUCAAUAUUUGUCAGACUUUGAUGCAAGACCAGCAGACUUUGUCUUGUCUUCUACAAACUCUUCUCACGGGUCCUUACAGUGUUAUGCCCAGCAAUGUAGCGUCUCCUCAAGUACACCUUAUCAUGCACCAGUUGAACCAGUGCUAUACUCAGCUAACAUGGCAACAGAAUAACGUUCAGAGGUUGAAACAAAUGCUAAAUGAACUUAUGCACCAGCAAAGUCGGUGUUCAGAAAAACCUGGAAGCAAGGAAAGAGGCAGUAGUGGAUCACACCCUCCUUCUCCCAGUUUAUUUUGUCCUUUCAGCUUUCCAACACAGCCUGUAAAUCUGUUUAAUCUACCUGGAUUUACUAACUUUACAUCAUUUGUACCAGGUAUGAAUUUCAGCCCAUUAAUUCCUUCCAGUUUUGGAGAUUUUUCUCAGAAUAUCUCUACACCCAGUGAACAACAGCAGCCGUUAGCCCAGAAUACAUCAGGGAAAACAGAAUAUAUGGCUUUUCCAAAACCUUUUGAAAGCAGUUCCUCUGUUGGAGCAGAAAAACCAAGGAAUCAAAAAUCACCUGAAGAGGACGUGGACAGCAGUAGGACACCAUGGUUAUAUGACCAAGAAGGUGAAGUAGAAAAACCAUUUGUUAAGACUGGAUUUGCAGUGUCUGUAGAGAAAACUGCAAAUAGUAACCGUAAAAAUCAAUUAGAUACAAGCAGAAGAAGACACCAGUUUGAUGAAGAAUCAUUAGAAAGCUUCAGCAGUAUGCCUGAUCCCGUAGAUCCAUCAACAGUAACUAAAACAUUCAAGACAAGAAAAGCGUCUGCACAGGCCAGCCUGGCAUCUAAAGAUAAAACUCCCAAGUCGAAGGGUAAGAAGAGGAAUUCUACUCAGCUAAAAAGCAGAGUUAAAAAUACUGGGUAUGAAAGUGCCAGUAUGUCUAGCACAUGUGAACCUUGCAAAAGUCGGAACAGAUAUGCAGCCCAGACUGAAGAGCCUGUUCAAGCAAAAGUACUCAGCAGAAAGAAUCAUGAGCAGCUGGAAAAAAUUAUAAAACAUAGUAGGUCAACAGAAAUAUCUUCAGCACAUGCUAGGAGAAUACAACAGCAGUCUAACAGAAAUGCAUGCAAUGAAGCGCCAGAAACUGGGAGUGAUUUUUCUAUGUUUGAAGCUUUGCGGGAUACUAUUUAUUCUGAAGUAGCUACAUUAAUUUCUCAGAAUGAAUCUCGUCCGCAUUUUCUUAUUGAACUCUUCCAUGAGCUUCAGCUACUUAAUACAGACUACUUGAGACAGAGGGCUUUAUAUGCAUUGCAGGACAUAGUAUCCAGACAUAUUUCUGAGAGCCAUGACAAAGAAGCAGAAAAUGUAAAGUCAGUGAACUCUGGUACCUGGAUAGCAUCAAACUCAGAACUUACUCCCAGUGAGAGCCUUGCUACUACUGAUGAUGAAACUUUUGAGAAGAACUUUGAAAGAGAAACAAAUAAAAUAAAUGAACAAAAUGAUGCUGAUAAUACUAGUGUCAUGUCUGUAUCUUCAAAUUUUGAGCCCUUUGCAACAGAUGAUCUAGGUAAUACUGUAAUUCACUUAGAUCAAGCAUUAGCCAGAAUGAGAGAAUAUGAACGUAUGAAGACUGAGGCUGAAAGUAACUCAAAUAUGAGAUGUACCUGCAGGAUUAUUGAGGAUGAAAAUGGUGCUGCUGCCACUACUACAGUUAAUAAUUUAGAAGAAACUCCUACUACUGAAAAUCACAGUUCACAACAACCUGUCAGUGAAGUUUCUACUGUCCCAUGUCCUAGAAUUGAUACCCAACAGCUGGACCGGCAAAUUAAAGCAAUUAUGAAAGAAGUUAUUCCUUUUUUGAAGGAGCACAUGGAUGAAGUAUGCUCUUCUCAACUUCUAACUUCAGUAAGACGCAUGGUUUUGACGCUUACCCAGCAAAAUGAUGAGAGCAAAGAGUUUGUAAAAUUCUUUCAUAAGCAACUUGGAAGCAUAUUACAGGAUUCACUGGCAAAAUUUGCUGGCAGAAAACUGAAAGACUGUGGAGAAGAUCUUCUUGUAGAGAUAUCUGAAGUGUUGUUUAAUGAAUUGGCCUUCUUUAAGCUCAUGCAAGAUUUGGAUAAUAAUAGUUUAUCUGUUAAACAGAGAUGCAAAAGGAAAAUAGAAGCGGCUGGAGUGAUACAGUCUUAUGCUAAAGAGGCCAAAAGGAUUCUUGAAGAUCAUAGCUCACCUACUGGAGAGAUGGAUGAUGAAGACAAAGACAAGGAUGAGACUGAAACAGUUAAGCAGACUCAAACAUCUGAGGUGUAUGACGGCAAAGGUCCCAAAAAUAUAAGAUCUGAUAUUUCUGAUCAAGAGGAAGAUGAGGAAAGUGAAGGAUGCCCGGUAUCUAUUAAUUUGUCUAAAGCUGAAACUCAGGCUUUAACUAAUUAUGGAAGUGGAGAAGAUGAGAAUGAGGAUGAAGAAAUGGAAGAAUUUGAAGAGGGACCUGUAGACGUCCAGACUUCACUUCAGGCUAACACUGAAACUACAGAAGAAAAUGAACAUGACAAUCAGGUUCUACAACAUGACUUUGAAAAAACAGCAGAAAGCAAAAAUGUCCCAUUGGAACAAGAACUCACUAGUAAAGAUGACCAAGAUAGCUCUCCUGUGAAGCCCUGUUACCUCAAUAUCUUGGAAAAUGAGCAGCCUUUAAAUAGCACUACCCACAAGGACUCACUCAUUACAGUUGAUGCAUCUAAACAGCCUAACCCUUUGCCAUUACCUUUAACUGAAAUUGAAACCUUAGUGCCUAGAGUCAAAGAAGUUAAAUCUGCACAGGAAACUCCUGAAAGUUCUCUGGCUGGAAGUCCUGAUACUGAAUCUCCAGUGUUAGUGAAUGACUAUGAAGCAGAAUCUGGUAACAUAAGUCAAAAGUCUGAUGAAGAAGAUUUUGUAAAACUUGAAGAUUUACCACUUAAACUGACAAUAUAUUCAGAGGCAGAUCUAAGGAAGAAAAUGGUAGAGGAAGAACAGAAAAACCAUUUGUCUGGUGAAAUAUGUGAAAUGCAGACUGAAGAAUUAGCUGGAAAUUCUCAGACACUAAAAGAACCUGAAACAGUGGGAGCCCAAACUGUGUGAGGUGUCUUCAGCAGCUCAUCUAACUCUCUCUUUCCAGUCAAUGCGUAUUUGAAAAUGAUACUAAAUAAACAUCUGUUUUGAUCUGUAUAAAAAUGUAAA